AUGGCCGCAGACUCAACAUCCAUCCCUGCGCCCCUCGCUGAGCCCUCGUGGCUCCGAGGCCUGCCCUCUCCCUACUUCAAAGACACGCAUCGCAAAUUCCAGGUCGCCUGUCGCAAGUUCAUCCAGGAGCACCUCCAUCGCCACGCUCUGGAAUGGGAAACCGCCGAGGAUGUUCCCCCUCACGUCUUUGACCAGUUCGCCGCCGCCAAAUUCCUCCUCCCAGCCCUGCCUGCUCCCUUGCCUGCGCAGUGGCUGAAGAAGCUGGGUAUCACCCAUUUGCCCGGAGAUGUCCCUGUGGAGGAGUUCGACGCCCUUCACGGCUAUGUCUAUGCGGAUGAGAUGAGCCGCGCCGGUCUAGCUGGUCCAGCCGGCGCCCUCACCACCGGCAUCGCGUUCGGCGUGCCUCCCUUGCUGCACUACGCCGAUCCACAGCUCCAAGAGCGGUUCCUGCCCGAUCUGCUCCUGGGCCGCAAGCGAUCGUGUAUUGCUAUUACUGAGCCCGAAGCUGGCUCUGAUGUCGCCAACAUCACCACCACUGCCGAGCUCACCCCUGACGGCAAGCACUAUGUCAUUAACGGCUCCAAGAAGUGGAUCACAAACGCGUUCUGGGCUGACGUUGCCACCAUGGCUGUCCGCACAGGCGGUGAGGGGUCCGGCCCCGCCGGCAUCUCCCUCCUCGUCGUGCCCCUCAAGGAUCAGCCCGGCGUCAGCCGCCGCCGUCUCAAGGUCGCCGGCCAGGUUUCGGCCGGCACGACCUACAUCGAGCUCGACGACGUCAAGGUACCACGCGAGAACCUCAUCGGCGUCGAGGGUCACGGCAUGAAAUACAUCAUGAACAACUUCAACCACGAGCGCCUGUUUCAUCUCCGUCGGCGUGACAAAGGCAGUCCCGUGUGGCCCUCGCCUCGGCUUUUGCCUACUGCAUGA